CACUUCACUUUCACUCACCGCCUCUCUCUGUGUGUGAGUGUGUGUUUGUUACCUACAAGGUUGGUUGUCACGGACUGAAGCUUUACAGAGUGAUCAUCAUGAACACUUUGCUUUGCUUUGCUUUGCUGUCAGCAGCAGCUUCAGCUUUUCACCUGUCUGAACGAGACGAGUUACACUUCAAGUCAUGGAUGACACAGCACAACAGAGUGUACAGUGUGCAGGAGUACAAUGAGAGACUCCAGAUAUUCUCUGAGAACAAGAGGAAGAUUGACAGACACAAUGAAGGAAAUCACACAUUCACAAUGCGGCUGAACCAGUUUUCAGACAUGACAUUUAGUGAAUUUCGAAAGUCGUUCCUCUGGUCUGAGCCACAGAACUGCUCUGCUACCAAGGGGAACCACCUCAGCAGCGACGGACCAUAUCCAGACUCCAUCGACUGGAGAAAGAAAGGAAACUAUGUGACGGAUGUGAAGAACCAGGGACCUUGUGGUAGCUGCUGGACUUUUUCCACCACGGGUUGUCUGGAAUCGGUUACCGCCAUUGCCACAGGGAAGCUCGUACCGCUGUCAGAACAACAGCUGGUAGACUGCGCCAAUGACUUCAACAACCAUGGGUGUAACGGAGGUCUUCCCAGUCAAGCAUUUGAAUACAUCAUGUACAACAAGGGACUAAUGACAGAGAAGGACUACCCAUACACAGCUUUUGGAGCUGUUUGUGUGUAUAAACCAGAACUAGCAGCUGCUUUUGUGAAGGAGGUGGUGAACAUAACCGCGUAUGAUGAGAUGGGGAUGGUGGAUGCGGUCGCCACACGCAAUCCUGUCAGCUUGGCCUUUGAGGUGACCUCUGACUUCAUGCAGUACUCCCAGGGCGUGUACACCAGCACUGAGUGCCACCAGACCACAGACAAGGUGAACCAUGCGGUGUUAGCAGUCGGGUAUGGACAGGAGAACGGCACCCCGUACUGGAUAGUGAAGAACUCAUGGGGAUCUAGCUGGGGGACUGGAGGAUAUUUCUUCAUUGAGCGUGGGAAGAACAUGUGUGGACUCGCUGCCUGCUCAUCUUUCCCGGUGGUUUGAUUUCUGCAUGAUUGCAAAACUACAAAAGAGCUGAAAGGAGAGCAGAGUCCAAACAUGAGUUGUUUUUAUAUAAUCAGUAGCCGACUGUGAUUCCAUGUACGGUGGGGCUUUGCAUAUAUUCAGAUUAUUCAAUGAAUAAAUAAGAAAUGAUCACUUAAGUAAAAAUCAUUCAAUUCAUUGCAGUUUAAUAACAAAUAAAGUCUAUUAAAUUUUG